UUACGUCACGCAGACUGUCAAUCCCCUCGAAGCAGAAUCGAGUAAUGGCGAAGAAGUUUGACCUUUUCUUCAAGCUUUUGCUCAUCGGGGAUAGCGGUGUUGGAAARACAUGUAUAAUAUUCAGGUUUGCUGAUAAUACGUUUAAUCCAACCUUCAUAUCAACAAUUGGAAUMGAUUUUAAAAUCAAGACAUUGGAAAUUGAUGGGAAAAAGAUAAAAUUGCAAAUAUGGGACACUGCUGGGCAAGAAAGGUUCCAUACCAUCACAACCUCAUAUUACCGAGGGGCCAUGGGUAUAAUGUUAGUAUAUGAUGUAACCAAUGAGAAGUCAUUUAGUAAUAUAUCAAAAUGGCUCAAGAAGAUUGAAGACCAUGCCAAUGAAGAUGUCAAAAAGAUGCUUGUUGGAAAUAAAUGUGACUUUGAUGACAAAAGAGUAAUACCAACAGAAAGAGGACAACAACUAGCAUCAAAUCACAGCAUAUCAUUUAUAGAAACAAGUGCACUUGCAAACAUAAACAUUGAAAAAUCAUUCACAACUUUAACACAUGAAAUCCUMUUGGCAGUCUGCCCACCGACUGAAGAAGAGACAGAAAAAUCCCAUAAAGGAAAGAAAAAGAAAAUGAAAUUGAAAAAUAGAGAACAUGGACAUCAUGSGAAAUGUUGCUAGUAGUUUACCCUUUCAGCUCCUUCAAGGGUGUCUUGYGAGACAUUUUGUGAAUAUUAUGUGGCCAUUUGCAUCAUUUACCACUCUCUUAGAAAGUCUCUUGUUUCUGGGAUUCCUGUAUCACCACAAUUGGGGAAGAAUGAGGCAAGGCUGUUUAWUAAGGGCAUGUUGGUCACCAUUUUGAAAGGCAACCACCCCUUUGCAUUGGAGUGAGACAGCUGCAAGUGAGCUUGCAAUGAUUGAUUGAGGAGGAUGAUUUUUUUUCCCAGGAAGCAACAGGUUUAUCAUUUGAGUGGCUUUCUUUCCAACACUGUUUGCAUGGUUACACAAGGCAAAAAAUUGCAAWUACGAAAUUGCUGUCAGGACUGACAGUUCACUCAUAGCUAGGGAACUAACCAUAAUGUUUUGUAAAUAAUGGAUAAGUGAACAUAUUUUUUGUUGGCCUGUACCUAGUACUCCCUCUAAUGCACCCCACCCUCCGCCCCACCCCCUGCUUUGAGCAGUGGUUGGCUGUAUACAGCCUGCAUCAAUCUCGACUCAAUUAUUAUAUUUUCAAGGGUAAAACCAGGGGGUUAGAUGCAGAGAGUGCACAGCCCACUUAUAUAUAUUAUAUUAUCCUAACAUUUCUGCAAUAAAGUCCCUUUUAGCAAUCUCUUUUAUGCCGAGUUAGCCUCAAAACCACCUAAUAAAUUCUUUUAUUCAGUAACAACCCAAGCAAAAUUAAUGCAAGAGAUCCGUGAGUACAGAAGACAAUGAAAAUAGUUUAAAAUCUCAUGAGUUUUAGCUUGAUUUCUGAAUAUUUUGCACACAAUUGAGGCUAACACAGUGCAGAAGAGAUCGCGAAAGUCAACUAGUAUUAUGACAAUAGCCCACUUUUGGUUUAUUGCAUUAUUCAGAGCCUAAUUGUCAUUAUAUCUUUUAAAGUAUUGAAAGCAGCCUAUUGUUGUGUUCAGUCCCCUCC